AUGUUCAAUUUUGCAGGUGGUCCAAUUACAUGGAGAUCAAAAUUACAGCCAACUAUCGCUUUAUCAACUACUGAAGCUGAAUUCAUGGCUGUCUGCGAAUCUACAAAAGAUGGUUUGUGGUGCUUGAUGGUAUUGAAAGAUUUAGGUAUUGAGUUGAAGAAGUUCUUGAUAUAUAAUGAUAAUCAAGGUGCGUUGAAACUUCUACAACAUCCGUCAUUUCAUCAUAAGACGAAACAUAUUGAUACAAGACAUAUGUUUAUUAGAGAUCAUAUUGCUUCUGGUACUGUUAAGCUUGAAUAUUUGGAAACUGGUGUACAAGUUGCUGAUCUAUUAACUAAAGCAAUUGCUGCUCCACCAUUCAACAAGCUCAAGGUUCAGGUAAAUGAAAAUAUUCAGAUUAAAAAGACACAAAUCUUAACACCAUUAGCUGCCGGUUUUGAUCCAGAAGAUUUAAACAGUCCUUUAUUGAACCAAAUAGAUCAUGAGAAAUAUCGGAAAUUAAUUGGAACCAUCUUAUAUUUGUCCAUAACGGUUAGAGCUGAUAUUUGUUUCGCUGUCAAUAUUCUCAGUAAAUUUGUUGCUUCACCAAGAAACACUCAUUUAUCUAUGGCACAAAGAGUUUUACAAUAUUGUAUUCAAACAAAAGAUCUAGGUUUACAAUACUCAGUCAAAACACCACUGUUACAGUUUCAGGAUUUUUCACAUUUGGAUAAGUCUAAAAUCGGUUUUGCUACAACUGUUUCUGAAUCACCUGUUACCUCUAAUUUAUUUAGAAUUGAUAUUUUAACUGAUUCUGACUGGGCUGGCAAUAAAACUACAAGAUGCUCACAAUCAGGAUGUUUAGUGUAUCUCAACUGCUGCUUAAUCUCCUGGUCGAGUGGUCGUCAAAAGAGUGUUAGUCUGUCUAGCAUGGAAAGUGAAUAUAUAGCUUUAUCAAAUGGUUCACGCUCAGGUCUAUAUUUAAGAAACCUUCUUUAUGAGUUAGAAAAACAAGAAGUCAAGAUCAAUGUGAUUAGUGAUAACCUAUCUACACUCACAUUGGAUAGUCAUAAACAUAUCAUAAACAAAGCAAAUAUUUUUCCAUUGAAUAUCACUUUAUCAAAAAUUUGGUCUUGA